CUCCCGGGAAAGGGUCCAUUCCUCGGGGAGAGAGGGCUGAGUUUUGUGCGCCUCCGUCCGCUGCGCGCGCCGCUCCAGGCCCCGCCGCGCCCCGCCUGCGCCCGGGACUGCGCCGCGGCACUCACUGCCCCGUUUAUUUGUCUUUGGAGCAGGCGGGCCGCGCCAGAAGCGGGCGAUCCCGCAGUGUCCUGCAGCCGCAGAAGCCGCCUGGCUAGGAUGACACCACGUUGAGCGCGCCUGCAAACAACAACAACAACAACCGCCGCCGCGUCCUCGUCGUCGUCGUCCUCCUCCUCCUCCUCCGAAGCGCCGCCACCGCUGCCGGUGUAGCCGCCUCUGCGCCCCCGGCCGUCCGGAGCGCCCGGCCGCUGGUGUAUGUCGCGCCUGCCCGGGACGGGCUGAAGCCGGCGGCGGGCCGGACCGCAGGCGCCGAGCAGGGCGAGGGCGGCCAGGGCAGCCGCCUGCCGCCGAGCCCCGAGCGCCGCCGACCGCGGAAGCGCUUUCGGCCGGGAGCUGCGGCCGCCGCCAGCAGUUUUCAUGUUUGGGAUUCAGGAGAAUAUUCCGCGCGGGGGGACGACCAUGAAGGAGGAGCCGCUGGGCAGCGGCAUGAACCCGGUGCGCUCGUGGAUGCACACGGCGGGCGUGGUGGACGCCAACACAGCAGCCCAGAGCGGCGUGGGCUGGCGCGGGCGCACUUCGAGAAGCAGCCGCCUUCCAACCUCCGGAAAUCCAAUUUCUUCCACUUCGUGCUGGCGCUCUACGACAGGCAGGGGCAGCCGGUGGAGAUUGAAAGGACCGCUUUUGUGGACUUUGUGGAGAAAGAGAAAGAGCCAAACAACGAGAAAACCAACAACGGCAUCCACUAUAAGCUCCAGCUACUGUACAGUAACGGAGUCAGAACAGAGCAGGAUCUGUACGUUCGCCUCAUAGAUUCAAUGACCAAACAGGCCAUCGUCUACGAGGGUCAGGACAAGAACCCGGAGAUGUGCCGCGUGCUGCUGACCCACGAGAUCAUGUGCAGCCGGUGCUGUGACAAGAAAAGUUGUGGCAAUAGGAACGAAACGCCCUCAGAUCCUGUAAUCAUUGACAGAUUCUUUCUAAAGUUCUUCCUCAAGUGCAAUCAGAACUGCUUGAAGAAUGCAGGCAACCCUCGAGAUAUGCGGAGGUUCCAGGUUGUUGUAUCGACAACAGUCAACGUGGACGGCCAUGUGCUGGCUGUCUCCGACAACAUGUUUGUACACAACAAUUCCAAACACGGGAGGCGGGCCCGCCGCCUAGACCCGUCAGAAGGUACGGCCCCUUCUUAUCUGGAAAAUGCUACUCCGUGCAUCAAGGCCAUCAGUCCCAGUGAAGGCUGGACCACGGGGGGUGCCACCGUCAUUAUAAUCGGAGACAACUUCUUUGACGGCCUCCAAGUUGUGUUUGGGACUAUGUUGGUGUGGAGCGAGCUGAUAACUCCCCAUGCCAUCCGAGUGCAGACCCCGCCGAGGCACAUCCCUGGAGUCGUCGAAGUCACCCUCUCCUACAAGUCCAAGCAGUUCUGCAAAGGCGCUCCUGGGCGUUUCGUCUACACUGCCCUUAAUGAACCAACCAUAGAUUACGGCUUCCAGAGGUUGCAGAAAGUGAUCCCCAGACAUCCGGGUGAUCCUGAAAGGUUACCCAAGGAAGUGUUAUUGAAGAGGGCCGCAGACCUUGUGGAAGCCUUGUAUGGAAUGCCUCACAACAACCAGGAGAUCAUCCUGAAGCGAGCAGCCGACAUCGCUGAGGCAUUGUACAGCGUCCCCCGCAAUCACAACCAGAUUCCCACCCUGGGCAACACCCCGGCACACAGUGGGAUGAUGGGCGUGAACUCCUUCAGCAGCCAGCUAGCCGUCAACGUGUCAGAGACAUCGCAAGCCAACGACCAAGUCGGCUACAGUCGCAAUACAAGCAGCGUGUCCCCGCGAGGAUACGUCCCCAGCACUACUCCCCAGCAGUCCUCUUACAACACAGUGAGCACUAGCAUGAAUGGAUAUGGAAGUGGCGCCAUGGCCAAUCUAGGGGUCCCUGGCUCGCCUGGAUUUCUUAAUGGCUCCUCCGCUAACUCUCCCUACGGCAUAGUGCCGUCCAGCCCUACCAUGGCAGCCUCUUCGGUCACCCUCCCUUCAAACUGUAGCAGCACACACGGCAUUUUCUCAUUCUCACCUGCCAAUGUCAUCUCUGCAGUGAAACAGAAGAGCGCCUUUGCGCCCGUGGUCCGGCCCCAAGCCUCGCCGCCUCCUUCCUGCACCAGCGCCAAUGGGAACGGACUCCAAGCUAUGUCUGGGCUGGUAGUUCCGCCCAUGUGAGGGACUCUGUUUACCUUCACAGCAACCCAGCAUCCAAGGACGGACUUCAGGGGACACGUGUAGUAUGUUAAGACAUGCUGAUGGAAUCUAUAUCUCCAAACGAUCAGCAGCAGUUGAAAUGCUACAAAAGACUUUGUUUAAAGAUUUUAUUUAAACUAAUAAGAAUCAACAUGCAGACACCCUAACUCCUUCAUGAACAAUUCCAUUUUAUUGAGUGAACUUUUCUCAUAUUUUCACACUUCUCAGUCCUGAAGAAUAAGGAAAACAAAACAGCGCCUAUUUUGUAUAAAGUUUCUGACUCCGUCUUGGCUGUCUAGUACGUGCUAUCUGUGUGGGGAGAAUCUUCGUGAAUGCACCAUUUUGAUGACCAUGAAACACUGAGGAAAAUGCCUCCCGACAUUUUUCUGUACUCAUACUUAGAUUCACAAUGGUUGUGUAUCUCUAUAAUGUGAAAUAUUUUUUUGUGGUGAAAAAAGGGGCCAAGGAGGUAUGAGCCAUCAAGCUGGAACAAAGGAUGACGGUAUGAAUUAGGAGAGUUUGGGGUGGCAGGGAGGGAGGGAGGGUUUAUCAUUGCUUAACUUCAUCUUAACGAGACGAAACUUUGUAACUUAUUGUAGUUAGAAAUUGUAACUUUGAUAUUGAUCUCUUGCCUUCAACAAGCACACUGACAGAGAAAAACGCUACUGUCUGUUGGUUCCAAUAUUCCCCCACUGCUAGAGCUUCCUGUUAAGCAAGUGCGAUCUGCGACAUUUUUUCAACUUUUGCUAGUACUGUAUACUAUUGCAUUCUUAGGCUACUGUGAGGUCUAUGUUUCUUGUACCAGAAAUUGUCCUUUUAACUUCUAGAACCUUCUUCCCCAAUGUGUUUUGUAUGUGGUUAUAAAAUUGUAGACUUUUGUGAUUUUGCCAAAGUUGUAGCUAAAUAUUUAUACACUUGUCUUGAAUUUUUUUCAGAUCCACUUAAAUAUUUAGAAAAAAAUGAGUUUUAUUUCUUAUGUAUCUUAUAAGGAAUAAAAUGGUCUUCAUUCAACACUUACUUUCCCAUGAACACUUACAGUUGCUGAAGGACUUUACUUUGUAACAUAUCAAUUAUAAAUAUUGUAUUUAUCUUUGAAAUUUUGUACAUUGCUUUUCCCACCUUUUUCUUUUUCUUGUCCGUGUUGGUUUUUGGCCAUGGCCCAGUGUUGUGACACCGGGAAGAGCAUGAGCCAAGAACUGUCUCUUAUCUGUUUUGUUAAAAUGAACCUAUAUCUUGCAUUUCAUUUGUACUUUAAACAUUUGCUAUUGUUUAGACUUUCCAUCCUUUUUUUUUUAUUUUGAGGAAAAGUCAAAUUCAUUGUUUAUUUUUAUAUUAUUUUUAAGUUAUCUGAACAAAUACUUUUGAAAAAAAAAAGUUUGUUGUAUAGUCAAAAGAAAGCGGUGCCACCAGCUGCAACAAAUCCUAGUAGACCCCGUGCAUGUGGAGCGGCUGCAAAGAGGCGACACCGUCUGGGGCUGUGUCCGUAUUUUAUUUUAUUUUUUGUAGAAUGUAAAAAGUCAUGUUAGCUGCCACCCAUGACUGCCACAUAGCUGAACUGUGUUUACUGGGAAAAUUCAGAGGCCUAAAGUUUAAAAUAAAAUUUACUUCUGAUGUUUUAAUUAAAACGUUUGCCACAUUAACUUCUCUGAUGCCUUAAAAGUGGACUUCUUUGAAGAACAUCUGUGCUAUUUUGUCACAGGCUUACACCACAAUUGUUACUAUUUCGUUUGGAGAUUUCUGAUGUAAAAUGCACACACACACACAGACCCACACACACAAAAGCACAAACCUCCUGUCUGUAGGUCGCUCCUUUCCGGGUCUGUCUCUGCUGCUUUCCACGUCAUCUCAGGCCCACCUGGGAUUCAGAUUUCAGGGGAAACCCAAAUCAUGGCUGGUUUUUAAUUCCCUCUCUUUCUCUCUCUUUUUUUUUUUUAGUGAUACGUUUUUGUGGUCAGAUCCAACAGCACUGUCUGUACUUUGUAAACUGGAGUGACCUCCUUCAGACACUGUGCCUAUUAGUGCCAAACCCACAGCGAGACCAAAAGGGUCAGGUGUUUUUUUUUUUUUUUUUUUCCUUCUUCCUUUGCACUAAAUGCUUUGCAGACAGCACAGCAAGCAUUUUGCCAAUUGCAGCAGAAAUCAAAUUUAAAACAUAAAAAGGAGGGACUUUAAAAAAACUUUCUUGACAAAAAAAUAACAAUGUGCAACUUAGAAAGUGUUCAUUUAAGGGACUCGAUAAGCAGAAUGUCCCCAGUGGUCAGCGGGUUACAAACUCUCCUUUGUGACAGCUGACAAGGCUUAGCUACGUGGAAAAGCCUGAGAAGUCACUUUGGAACUAAAUUGCCUCCGUUUCAUUUUGUGUAAGUAAGGGUUUGAUCUGCGAAAGAGCUCCUGUGCCGCGCCGAGAACAUCGGCAGGUAUCCUCGAGUCGCACUUGGUUUGUGUUUCAGAUCGAUUAGUCAGCACCCUCAUUGCUUCAUUGUCUCGAAAGUGAACGCUUCACUAAAUGGUAGAUUUUGCUGUCAAAGACCCUACAAUAAGAUUGUUUUAUCUGUACAUUUUUCAGAUAUUUAACUGUAUAAAAUGUUCAUUUUACACAAUAUUUAAUUAAAGUAUUUCUUGUCUGUGAAUUUCACUUUUGGUAAUCUUAUCUGCUUUGAUUAUUAAAUGACUGA